UGGGCCGGCGGGCGGCUCGGGCAGCGCUGCGGCGGCCGGCGGGGUCUGCCAGCAGCCAUGGGGGAGACCGAGAAGCUUUAUUACGUUUAUAGCUGCGACCUGGACAUCAACGUGCAGCUGAAGAUAGGAAGUCUGGAAGGGAAAAGAGAACAGAAGAGUUACAAAGCUCUCUUAGAAGAUCCAAUGCUGAAGUUCUCAGGACUGUAUCAGGAAACUUGCUCUGACUUGUAUGUAACUUGUCAAGUGUUUGCAGAAGGGAAGCCUCUUGCUCUUCCAGUUAGAACUUCCUACAAAGCUUUUAGCACUAGGUGGAACUGGAACGAGUGGCUGAAGCUGCCUGUGAAGUAUCCAGACUUGCCUCGCAAUGCGCAGGUGGCUCUGACCAUCUGGGAUGUGUAUGGACCUGGGAAAGCAGUUCCUGUGGGAGGAACAACUGUCUCACUCUUUGGGAAAUAUGGUAUGUUUCGUCAAGGAAUGCAUGAUCUGAAAGUCUGGCCCAAUGUAGAAGCUGAUGGCUCGGAGCCCACCAAAACUCCUGGGAGAACCAGCAGCACAGUCUCAGAAGAUCAAAUGAGCCGCUUGGCAAAGCUGACCAAGUCUCAUCGACAAGGUCACAUGGUGAAAGUAGACUGGCUGGACAGACUGACCUUUAGAGAAAUAGAAAUGAUCAAUGAGAGGGAAAAACGAAGUUCUAAUUUUAUGUACCUGAUGAUUGAAUUCCGUUGUGUCAAGUGUGAUGAUAAAGAAUAUGGAAUAGUUUACUACGAAAAGGAUGGUGAUGAGUCAUCUCCAAUUUUAACAAGUUCUGAAAUUGUUAAGAUUCCAGAUCCCCAGAUGUCGAUGACAGUGCCUAAGUACAGUUCUAGAAAAGAUUUCCAUUAUUGUGGAUGCCAAUUCAGUGGGACUGGUAUUGGCAGCUUUGGGAACCUUAAUGAGAACUUAGUAGAAAGCAAACAUCACAAGCUUGCUCGAAGUUUAAGAAGUGGACCUUCUGAUCAUGAUCUGAAGCCUAAUGCAGCUACACGAGAUCAGCUUAAUAUCAUAGUGAGUUAUCCACCAACAAAACAGCUAACAUACGAGGAACAAGAUCUAGUUUGGAAAUUCAGAUAUUACCUUACUCAUCAGGAGAAGGCCUUGACAAAAUUUUUAAAAUGUGUCAACUGGGACCUACCCCAAGAGGCAAAGCAAGCACUGGAGCUACUGGGAAAGUGGAAGCCCAUGGAUGUGGAAGAUUCUCUAGAACUUCUGUCGUCUCACUUCACCAAUCCAACAGUUCGGCGCUACGCUGUGGCCAGGCUUCAGCAAGCUGAUGAUGAGGAUUUGCUGAUGUACCUGCUGCAGUUAGUCCAGGCAUUGAAAUAUGAAAACUUUGAUGAUAUAAAAAAUGGACUGGAACCCAGCAAGAGGGACAGUCAGGGUUCAAUGUCAGAAAGCAUGACAACAUCUGGAACUAAUGGUGCAGAAAUAGACAGUUCCCAGAUCAUGAAUCCUGUUCCACCUGUUUCCUCGCCACCUCUACCUGCUAAGACAAAGGAGGUUUCAGACAAUGAAAACCUUGAUCAAGACCUUUGCACUUUCUUGAUUUCACGAGCAUGCAAAAAUUCCACACUGGCAAAUUACUUAUACUGGUACGUAAUAGUGGAGUGUGAAGACCAAGACACUCAGCAGAGGGACCCAAAGACUCACGAAAUGUACUUAAAUGUGAUGAGAAGAUUUAGUCAGGCUUUGCUGAAGGGUGAUAAGUCUGUCAGAGUUAUGCGUUCGUUGUUGGCAGCCCAGCAGACAUUUGUAGAUCGGCUGGUUCAUGUAAUGAAAGCGGUACAGCGUGAAAGUGGGAAUCGAAAGAAAAAGAAUGAGAGGCUUCAGGCAUUGUUAGCAGAUAAUGAAAAGAUGAAUUUAGCGGAUAUGGAACUUAUUCCACUUCCUCUGGAACCUCAGGUGAAAAUCAAAGGGAUAAUCCCUGAAAAAGCCACACUCUUCAAGAGUGCCUUAAUGCCUGCUCAGUUAUUCUUCAAGACGGAAGAUGGAGGCAAAUAUCCUGUGAUUUUUAAGCAUGGUGAUGAUUUACGUCAAGAUCAACUUAUUCUUCAGAUUAUUUCACUCAUGGAUAAGCUGUUAAGAAAAGAGAAUCUGGAUUUGAAGCUGACACCCUAUAAAGUGCUGGCGACUAGUACAAAACAUGGCUUCAUGCAGUUUAUUCAGUCAGUACCAGUUGCAGAAGUUCUUGCUACUGAGGAAAGUAUACAGAACUUCUUCAGAAAACAUGCACCUAGUGAGACUGGCCCUCAUGGAAUAAGUGCAGAAGUGAUGGACACAUAUGUUAAGAGCUGUGCUGGUUAUUGUGUAAUUACUUACAUCCUUGGUGUUGGAGAUAGACAUCUGGAUAACCUUCUGCUAACAAAAACAGGUAAACUGUUUCACAUUGACUUUGGUUAUAUUUUGGGUCGGGACCCUAAACCUCUGCCUCCCCCAAUGAAGCUGAACAAGGAGAUGGUGGAAGGUAUGGGUGGCACGCAGAGUGAACAGUACCAGGAGUUCCGUAAGCAGUGCUACACAGCCUUUCUUCAUCUUCGCAGGUAUUCCAACUUGAUCUUGAACCUAUUCUCCCUCAUGGUGGAUGCCAACAUUCCAGAUAUUGCUCUUGAACCUGACAAGACUGUAAAAAAGGAAAGUGGUCUUUCAUAAGAUAGCACUGUGCCUCCAUGAGACCUCUUGCCAGCCGCUGCUCCUUAUCAAGCAAGGACGGUGUCUCAUUUAUCAGGGUGGUUCCGAAUGAGGGGCUCUCCUUGUGAGAACAUGGUCCAGGUGGCUUACUGAAUGAAGAUCCCACCCAAGCACAAUGUCAAGUUUGUCAGGAUGGCUGUUUUGAAACAAUUAUUCAUUUUGGGACUUUGCAGUUAUUUAUUUGUAACUAGUGACUUCAGAAUACUUGCUCAUGUUUUCUGAGUUCUGAGCGAUUCCUGGAAUCAUUGAAGUUAAAGGUAGCAGAAUAGAUUUUUGAGUUCACUUAACACGUGUGCCCAUAAAUACAGAAUUGCUCUUUAUCGUCCGUACAGUAAGUGCACAGGCUGCUCUAGCUCUCUGUUACAAGUGGUGUUUUAGCAUUCUGUGAAGAACAGUGUUCCAGUCUUAAAAAACUUUUAUAAGUGAAGCAAUCAGUGCUGACUGUACUGUGAAGGACUACUCCAUCUAUUCUGGAAUCCUACAAGUCAUGGAUGGUUUUCUAAAGCCAGUCUACUGGUAGGUAUAAAACCAGUUUACUGAAUAUAUAAACCAGUAGUCUGGUAUAUGUUCAUCAACAAUUUUUUUUUACUGUGAGAACAAACACAUCUCUGAAGGGUGUCCCAUAAUUCUAAUUUUGUCCUUUUGUAUUAGCCUGAAUAAUUCUUCCCCGUUUGACAUUUCAACAACAACUGACAUUAAAAACACUGGAUGAAUGUUCAUCUAGAUUUCAUUACACUUAUAGUUUAAGCAAAUGUUGGCUUUUUUAUAACUUGUUUUAGAUUGAAAGGCUUUCUCUUCUAAAUCCACAAAAGACUUUGUGGAGCCUAUAUAUCCAAUGGAAGUCAGUUCAGUGUAAUUUUUGUUUGAGUAGUGGGUUUUCUCUAAAGUGGGCUUUUCUUUAGUGUUUUUGCUAAGCUAAGAAAGCGAAGAUUCAGAAUCUGUAAAUUAAUAUUUCAAGUUCUAAUACAGUGACCUGAAACAGUAAGGCAAGUAUUUUUUAUAAGGAAUACAAUUAACUUUCAAUUUUUAUUUUUUGGGGGAAGAAAAGAUAAUACUUUCCCAAAUUUUGUAGUUUCAUUUGCAGUGCAUUUGUUCCUUUAAAAAAUAAGAGCAAAACACACAAUAAGGUAUUAUGAGAAAGAUAACAGAAUUGUUUAGCUUUUUUGUAAAUGUUUUCUUUGUAAAUCAUUGACUUUUCAGCCCUUCCCCAAGUAUUGUUAUUUUAUUUAAACUUUCAUUUGACAACUCAGCUGUUUAACUCCUGUUAACUGUUCAGGUUUGGACCUUUUCGUUCAAAAUUUUGCCUUUGAAUACACUCCUGGAAUUUAUGUAAAAAUAAUACAUCUUAAUGGGGUCUCUAAUAAGUAGAUAAAUAGAGGAUCCCUUCCAUCAAGGAGUUGUUGACAUUAAGAUUUACUGUAUGCAUACAACUAUGUUAAAAGCUUCUAUGAAGUAAUUGUUUUCUUUUGUUCUCAAAUUUUGGUUUUACUUUUUUGGUUUAAAAAAGCAGUUAGCAAAUCAGCUGUAAAUGAGCUAGGAUCAGAAUAAUUUUAGAACAUGAUACAAUAGUGAACAGAUCAUUAUUGGGGGGAGUUUAAUACGGUGUUGGAAAACUCAUUCUGCAUAUUAUCUGCUCAUUAGCCUGUCUCAAAUCAGUUAUGAUCUUUGUUAGUACUAAUAAAAAAAGGAACAAGAUGUCUUGCAUCUCUUGGGCUGAGUGGCAAGUUUGUUCUGUCAUUUAACAAGAUAAUACUGUACCUUGUUGUAGGAAAAUUGAAUAAAUGCUUUCAGCGUCUCAAUUGAUUUUUUUUUUUUUUUUCCUUAAAGCUUUAAACAAAAAAUCCAUAUAUAUUUCAACAGACUCAAACUAGCUAAAGAUCCAUGUUGGACUGACCUGUAAAAGUAAAUUAUCUUUGAUGUGUGAGUCAGGUCAAUAUCCAUUUCAACUGUGAUAGCACUUUCAUGGAAGACAAAGGUGAAGAUUUACAAAUGUUUUUGUAUCUAAGAAGGUAUCCUGCCUUACAGUGUAGGUGGAAGUUCAUAGCCAGCUUUUCCCUAAUUGGUGCUCUAGUAACACUCAUUCUCUGCCUUCUGGAGCCCUCAUCUUUGCUUUAGGGGCCUGGCUGAACUGUUGAGGCUCUGGUCUCACAGGCAGCUGAAGUCAGGUCAAUGAGGUAACAAGAUAAAGGCAAUGUCAGCUACAUUUGGUGAUAAAUCAGAUUACUAAUCUACGGUUAAAUUACAGGGAAGAUUGCAUAGUAGAAAAAAUACACUUUUUUAAAAAAGAAGGCAGUGCUUACUGACUGAAGGUUGUAUUAUGUUUUGGUUUUUUUGAUGAAAAAUUGUUUUCGCAUAGAGAUGCUUGAUACUGAAUUUU